AUGGCCGGUGGGGGCACCUGGGGGCACAACCAUGCCAACAUCGGCCUGGAGGCAGUCCCGUUGGACAUGGUGAGGGAUCGAUCCCGGGGAGUCUUGAGAAACUGGAUGGUGAGAAAGUCGGCACAUUUCAGACUGACGCAGAGCAGCCGCAACCUGCCGCCAGAGCCUGAUCAGAAUAUUUUGGACAACCUCCUCAGGGACCAGGUUUCCAACCACCCACCGAAAACUCCAACAAUGCAGAGCCAACUCCAGCAAAGUCUGAGCCGGGAUAUGAUUGACUACAUGAGCCAAUUGGAAGACUCGGUGCUGGGGAAGAGCCUCCGACCAAGACUGGCUUUGAAAAUGGCCGAGGAUAGACGGUAUUUAGAGAGGGAGGUAAUGCAGAGCGUGAAAUCGCAAGAGGAGCUGGACAGGGUGGAGUAUGAGGUUGUGCGCGACUCGGCCCACUUCGAAAAUGGCAGUUUAACUGUCGAAAUCCAGAGCAAAAGUGACCCUUCUAUCGUGAAGGAGCUUCAAAUCCCAACCAAGGUGGAGAAGCUGGCAUCGGAGGAGCUGCUGGAUGACCAUUUCCGGAAGCUGGACCAGGUCUCAGAGGAUGAGGGUCAGGCCAUGGAGAGAGUUAACCAUGCCCUGGGCAUCUAUGGCACCCUCAUGGGUUUCCAGGGAGCCCGAGCAUUCCUGGAGCAAGGCCGCGAUGUGGAGGGUGGCAUCAUGCUGGCACAGGGGGUCCAUGGGCUGGGCGAAUUGGCGGGCAUCAACCGAGCCGUUUCGGGACUUCUUGAGGACUCUGCCAGCCGUGCCCUGACCAGUAUCGCUGCCCGGAUGGAGGGCAAAGCAGCCGAGAGCCUCCUGGGACAAAUGUCCAAGCUGGGGAAGGUCACUGAGGCACCAGUGCUCUCCACCGCUUUUGCCGCCUUCAACAUUUACGAAGACGUGGCGAGGGAGAGCCCGCUCGGAUAUGCUGACGCAGCACUGGAUGCUGCCAUCUUACUGACGGGGCUGGCCGGGCCAGAAAUGGCCCCUGUCACCCUGGCUCUGACCAUCAUCAGACUCGGCCUGGACCCUCUCUACUCGGAGAUUAAGGGCAGCCUGGACUCCUUGCCCCCGGGGGCAUCGACUGGUCAGCGCUGCCUCGCAGUUCUCAAGGGCAUCGCCCUCGCUUUCCGAGACAUCGCCCAGAGUCUUUUGGAUGUGGUGGGUGAGUUCUCCCCGUGGUCUCUGAUUUACAGAAUCCCAGAGCUGGAUGAGCAACAUCGCAAAGAUAUGAAAUUCAUCGAGGAGCUGAAGAGUGCUGAGAGUUAUUUUACAGUCACCGAGUACACCCAAGCUGAUGGGUGCCAUGGGAUGGUUAAUUUCUUAUCCGGGAAGGAUUCUGCCUUUGGGGGGGCACUGGACAUUGAGCUGGAUGAUGCCAAUUGUAUGACAGUCCGGAUGCCCGAUCCAGUAGGUUCCGGAACCAUUGAGAGAAAGCACUGUUUCCCCACUCACUGCUCCGUGAACGACCUGGUCGCCGGCAUGGGAGAGACCCAACGAGUUCACUUGAUCGAGAAAUCGGUCACUCUGCUGUUCUUCAUCCACGUGCACACCCAGGAGGUCAUCGGAUCCCUGACUGAGGACCGCAGCACAUUACACGGCUCUUACACCGGCAAUUCCCGGCCGAACCGCUUCUACACCGUCCAGGAACUCCCCAAGGGAGCCAAGCUCACAUACUCCCUCUCCGACUAUUACUACAGUCUCCGGGGACGGGACGGUGGGGAUGCCUUCUACCUCGGGCCCCAGAGGAGCAGCGUGCAGGGAGGCAAUGGCCAAGAUCUGUACUUCAUCCCCGAGUGGGGAGGAGUGACCGAUAUCGAUAAUCACGCAGAGGACGGUGCGACAGAUUGGCUCCUCUUCAAUGUCUCCUUCGGUCAGAUCUCCGCCAAGAAAUCCCAGCACCACCUGAGACUGUUCUUCGGCAAUCAGCAUCAAGUGUGGGUCAAGAACUGGUUCCUGGGAGACGAGUACCGACAUAUGAAGUUCAGGAGCAACGAUUACGUCACCUUUACCAUUGGUGAUGCCACCUUGAACAACUGGAUUGAACUCCAAGCGAUCUCUCUCGACUUCUCACCCAUUGACUACAAACCAGAGACUGUAGACCUGAGUGAAGUGAGUUGGAGGUCCGUCAUCUCAGUGAUUGGCACUAAACAUGGGGAUACCAUCCGCGGCAAUGAUUUGGGCAACGUAUUGCGAGGUGGCCAGGGUGCCAACUACCUGGAGGGGCGUGACGGGAGGGACAUCUACGUGAUCGAGGCUGACAAGGCCUGCGACACCAUCAAUAACUGGUCGAGCGAUGAGGAAUGGGACACAGUCCAUCUGCCUUCCGAUCACCAGAACCUCGGUGUGACCGUGAGGGACAACGGCGACCUCGAGAUCCAUGACACGGUUUCCCAAGCGGGGGCCUGUGUGAUUCUCCAGAACUGGCGAGGAGGUUGGGACUGGCAGCACAUCACCUUCAUCAGCGGCGACUUUGUCAUGUUCCAAGUGUCAAACACCUCUUCAAGGCCGGAGAUCAAACCAAUGCUUGUAGACUUCAGCGGCCGAGAGUCCGGUGUGGAAUUUCACCUGGCCACAUUUCCCGGGAACCAGCAGAUCAUGACAGUGUUGGGAUCUCGCCACAAUGACCGGUUAUACGGGAAUGAGAGAAACAAUGUGCUGAGUGGGAUGGGGGGAGCGGAUUUUCUGAAAGGGGGAGGUGGCAGCGACACCUACAUUAUCGAUUGCCAAUGGACCUGGUUGUUCCCAAUCACCAUUGACAACGAGGACACAAAGGAGACGAUGGAUUUCCUUUUGCUACCUGAAGACUUUGAGGAUUUAGUGUUUGAACCGAAUCCACCCGACACUUACCUUCGGAACCGAAAGCAGCCCCCCUGUUUAAUCAUCCUGACGGACUGGUUCAAGGAUGGGGCACAUCGCCACUUGAUGUUGCGUAGUCAGGACGGUGUAGUCUUUACGCUCCCGGAUCAAUAUAAUUCCUGGCCACUGUUACCUAUUUACAUCCCACCGCCUGGUAUCUCCUACCACAACCUCAUCCCUCAGGUCUUUGCGGUGGACAAGUCCAACUCCAAGCUGCACACCGUGCUUAUAGAUGCCCGGAACCAAGCGUUGGCUCACGCUGUCAAACUAAUUGGCUCCUCCCAACAGAACUGGAUCUAUGGCAACCAGAGAAACAAUUAUAUUGACUGUGGUCCAACAUUCUGCCAUGCAGAGGGGGGCAAUGGUAGUGACACGUACGUCCUGACUAAGGGCACGUGCACCAUCAACAAUUACCCCGAGGACCUGCUCAUGGAUCAGAUUCUGGUUCCGGCAAAAUUCACCCAAAUCCAGGUGUGGAGCAUGUGGACACACAUCCACCUGAAAACCCCGGGUCUCUCCUGUACCCUGUCCAAAUAUCUGCAGGGGGAGGCAUACCAGCACCUGGUGGGACGGAGCAGUGACGGGGUCUGGUUCACUUUCACCAAGGAUGGGCUGCAGACUCUCUAUGUGGACAUGGCACUGCAAGGCAGCCAGCACCUGAACCUCUCGUCCGUGCCCUCCCUGGACAAGGUCGUCUCGGUCCAUGGCCAGCGCCAGCAGUGCAAUUGCAUCAUCGGCAAUGCGCUGCCAAACGCCAUCAUCGGGGGCUCCGACACCGACGUGCUGGAGGGACGUGGAGGAGACGAUACCCUCCAGGGGUCAGCUGGGGAGGACUAUCUGUCCGGGGGUCAGGGAGCCGAUGAAAUCCACGGCGGUGAAGGCACAGACUGGAUCCUGGGUGGUGCCGGCAACGAUAUCCUUUACCCUGGACCGGGGGCAGACCGGGUUCACAGCGGAAGUGGUUCGGACACCAUCUUGUUUGCGGGAGAUCUCGAGAAGGGCCAGGGGGUGCUGGUGAACCUGGAGGUUGGCUUCGGCCUCGGGGCGGAUGCCGACGGCGAUUUGUACUACGCAGUGGACAACGCCAUCGGCACCGGUUACGCCGACGUGCUGAUCGGAUCAGGAGGGGACAACGUCCUGAGUGGGGAAGGGGGAGAUGACCUCUUCCUCCCUUUGGAUGGUGGGGACACCCUGAAGGGCGGAGAAGGAGCCGAUGUGUACCAGCUGGAUGGCACGAGAGGCCUCAAGGUGAUUGACAACUACGCGAAAGAUCGGAAAUACGAUACCAUCGUCCUGGGCAGUCGGCACACGAAGGACAACCUCUUCCUGGACAGACAGGGAAUGCAGCUCAUGGUGACGCUCUUAAACAUUCAGGAAGGUGACUUUUCCGGCUCACUCCUCAUCAGAGAUUGGUUUAUGCGGCCGGAGAACCGGCACAUCAUCGUGCAACUUGACAAAUCCUAUAACAUGGAGGAUCUGGUCUCAGAAAAGGUUCAUCCCCGGCCAGCAAAUCGGUUUGUCCUCAAUUUCAAAAUCUUCUAUGAAGGAAGGAAGUAGCCACACCCGUUAAAGCCCCAUGUAAGGCCGACUGAAUUAACUGCCCUCGAUCUUCCACGAUCCAGAACAAACUUAAUUCAAGUGUUAAACCGA